CAAUUAUGAACGGAAUUUCAAAUCAGAUGCAUAUUCUAGUGUUAGAUGUCCACGUACUCACCUCGAUUCGUUUUGAUUCAAUUAAAGAGAACCUUGUUCAAACGGAGUGUCACCCGGGGUUUGCAUCGUAGCUACCAAAUCCCUCACCCCCCCCCCCCCCACCCGCAAGUCGAUGGGGUCUCCCUGGAGGAAAGGAGAAGAGAACCGAGGUGCAUUCCACCUUGCCGCUAUCAAUUCGACCGCCGCUGCCAAGGAACUGCCGUGACAGCAGCCUCACUGCUGCUCCGAUUUGUUCAUUAGAUCCCAGAAGUCAUGGGGUCAUGUCUGCCACCUUCGAUUCUGCCCGGAUGUUGAUGGUGAUCUCCAUCGCUGCUGAAGGUCUCUGGAUUUGAUCUUGGCCGUAGGAGAAAGUUGUUAAAGAGAUGUCAUCACUGCCCCACCUCGCCUCUGCUGAUCGCCUAAACCCUAGCCGGAGAAGAGGCUCGCCGCUGGGUGGAAAUGGCUAGCCGCUGCUGUAAUUGCCGGAAUAUAGAGGGAACAGGGUGCCACGAUCGGAAUCUCCAUCACUAGCUGGAGUCGCUAGCCUGGUCGCCGCUAUGGGAUGGGUUGCUGGUCGCCGUUGCAGCAUCGUGAUCGGGAGAUCCGUUGUCCUCCCUGCGGUUGUGUCGCUAGAUCAAAGGAGGGAGAGGUCCAGUAAACUCUUUGCUAGUGAUAAGAAGGGGUCAACCAAAGAUUGGAAGCCUUUCUUUGUCUUCGUUUCGACGGGGCCCGAAUCUCCUUUCACGGGUUCAGGGCGCCCUUCCUUCUGUCGCAUCCCACGCCCCCCACCUGAUGCCACCCUUUUGUCUAUCACUCGCCAAUUCUGCAAUAAGGGAGUUAUGAACAUCAAAGAGGUGGUGACAGAGGAAACCCUUGCCGGGUUGGGGUUUGAGUUUGUUCAGGAUGAGCUUCGCCACCAACCCGACCUACUGAGGGACAUCCCCGGGGGGCAUCAGCCUGACCAGUUGAAGGACAUUCCUGAGGAAGGUCUUGAUUGUGGUCCUUUUGUGGAAUUACAAGAUUCAGGAGAAGAGAUGGACAGCGAUCUCCUGCUCAGUCCCUUCACCGCAGGGAGGAAAAGGAAGAGAGAGACGAGGGGCCAGGGCAAACGUUCUUCAUCCCACCACGAGGAGGGUCCUUCUCGAGAGUCGGUCGUAACUGUGGUGGAGGACCAAGAAGAUGCUACCCAGGAACCGGGUACCAUGGCUGGCCAGUCCCCUCCACACCCCGUGAUGCAGGGUGGCGACCUCGCUGGGUCAUCUCAGGGCAUUGCCUUGGAGCGACCUCCAUCACCACCCGCAGUGACCUACGAGGUGGCGACCGGGGGUCGCUCGACGAGGCUCUGCAUCCCUCCCCUGCCCCAAAGCCUAGGGGACGUACAGCUGGAGACUCUUAUCACUCUGCCUGCAGAAGACCAGGCUCGUAUCUCGGCAGGCUCCGAGGACGACCUUGACAACAUGGUCCUUUUGAGGCUCAGUCAGGUACUGGUCUUGANUGUAUUUUGAUGUUACCUGUUUACUUACAAGUUUCACCUUCUUCUCUUUCGCAUCCUACAUUUGACGUUCCGGUUCCCUCGGACUUGAAUCAGAGAAUACCUCGCCUCUUUUGACUUAGCCACUUUCGGGUUACUUUGACCCUUGUGGCGUCGCCAUACCCCCAAGAUCCCCUGGUCGCUCAUGCGAUCAACAGAUCUUGUGUUCCAGACUUAGCCGUUCUCUCAUACUUUCUUGCCACGGCGUCGUCUUCAACCUUGGUCGCCUGACAGGGUUCGACGCUUCACCCACUACUGGGUAUCU